CGACCAACCAGCCUUGAACGCAUGGCAAUGUCUGCAACCCACGCAACAUAGGAGCCCAUCAAAUCUCAGAGUUCGUUAAAAGACAUCCGCGCGGACCAUCGGGGCUCCCUGCAUGCAUCGGCAUCAAAGGCGAGCUCUGACCUGCAUGAUAGGACCCCUGUGGGUGCUGCUGUGCGGAUGCAGUCAAUGCACAGAGCCCACUGUCACCUUACAGACAUUUGGUCAGCCUCGCUCGGUGAUACCCCAAAAGAUGUUGGGGUCCCAAUACGGCACUGAUGAGAUUGCAACCAGGCACAGCAUUAUCUGUGCUACUUGGUCUUCAAUGUCAAUUGGGUUGUAUCGAGGUGUUGGGCACCUAUGGAUGACCUCCAGACCUCGAUGAACGGGCCAGCGGGUCACACUUGGGGUUGUCGCCAAGAUUCU